CAUAAAAGGGUGCGUCACUCUUUACUAUAUAUACCUAAGUGCGUACAAAGAAAAAAAUAAUACGAAAGUUAGCUUUCAAAAAUGGCACCGUCAACACUAACGGCUCUAGCGGAUGAGAAGACUCUUCAAACAAGUUUCAUUAGGGAUGAAGAAGAGCGUCCAAAAGUGGCUUACAACAAAUUUAGUGAUGAGAUUCCAGUCAUAUCCUUGAAGGGUAUUGAUGAUGUUGAUGGAAGAAGAGGUGAAAUAUGUGAAAAGAUUGUAAAGGCAUGUGAAGAUUGGGGAAUUUUCCAGGUAGUUGAUCAUGGGGUUGAUGCUGAAUUGAUCAAACAAAUGACAACACUCGCUAAAGAAUUCUUUGCAUUGCCUCCUGAAGAAAAGCUCCGGUUUGACAUGUCUGGUGGCAAGAAAGGUGGCUUCAUUGUCUCUAGCCAUCUACAGGGGGAAGUGGUCCAAGACUGGCGUGAAAUAGUGACCUACUUCUCAUACCCAAUUCGGGCUAGAGACUACUCUAGAUGGCCAGACAAACCACAGGGAUGGAUUGAUGUAACCCAGAAUUACAGUGAAAAGUUGAUGGAAUUGGCUUGCAAAUUAUUGGAGGUAUUAUCAGAGGCAAUGGGCUUAGAGAAGGAGGCCUUAACCAAUGCAUGUGUCGAUAUGGACCAAAAAGUGGUUGUCAACUUUUAUCCAAAGUGUCCACAGCCUGACCUUACUCUUGGGCUGAAAAGACACACUGAUCCAGGAACCAUCACUCUCCUGUUACAGGACCAAGUUGGUGGGCUUCAAGCCACUAAAGAUAAUGGCAAAACUUGGAUCACUGUUCAGCCCGUUGAAGGCGCUUUUGUUGUCAAUCUUGGUGACCAUGGACACUUUUUGAGCAAUGGGAGGUUCAAGAAUGCUGAUCAUCAAGCAGUGGUGAACUCGAAUAGCAGCAGAUUAUCAAUAGCCACAUUUCAAAAUCCGGCACCGGAAGCAAUUGUGUAUCCACUAAAAAUUAGGGAAGGAGAGAAAGCAGUAAUGGCAGAGCCCAUAACAUUUUCAGAAAUGUAUAGGAGGAAAAUGAGUAAUGAUCUUGAGCUCGCUAGGCUCAAGAAACAGGCUAAGGAGCAACAGAUACAAGCUGAAGAAGCUGCUGGAAAGGCCAAGUUGGAAUCCAAGCCCAUUGAGGAAAUUCUUGCUUAAAUAUUUACAAUUUUAAGAGUCAUAUUGGAUGUUGAAAAAAGAUGCUACUCGUGUAAUUUCUUUUAUCACUACUGUCUUCAAUAAAAAUGGAUCAUGUUGUAGUGAA